CGCAGGAGAUGCUGCUCAUGCGCAGCUACUUCGCCACGGCCGGCGCAGAAGCCGCCGGCCCGGCGGAGGGCAGCGGCCGCGUGCCGUGGGCGGAGUACGUGGCCCGCAUGUGUCAGCAGGGCGGCCCCUGGGGGCUCGCCAGCACGGAGUCCCACGAGGCGGGCGCGCGGGUCGCAGAGGACCAGUCGCUUCGAGUGGCCGCGCUGCGCAUGGUCAACAGCGUCACCCCUCUCACCCGCCGGGCGCUGGUGCUCCGGGUGGUGAACGGCGACCUGGCGGAGGGCCGGCCGCUCAUCGAGCUGCCGAAGAACACGGAGGACGCCGCCCCGACCGGCCAGACCCCGCUGCCCUCGCUGGU